AUGUCGUCUUUGGGUGUGCUGUGUUUCAACCAUUGCAGUCCCGUCAAUAUAUUUUGUUUUGAAAUGCCCGAUAACUGUCCACUAUGUGGUACUUUACUUGACGUAUCACCCUGCCAGUCACCGCCUUUCAGAAUACCUAGUCCCUUUGCUAAUGGUAUAACCAAACCGUAUAGUGUUGUUGUUAAACCUACAGAGGGAACUUUUCUUCAGCAUUACGAAAGAAAUUCUAAUCUUCAUGUUGGCAUUACAAGCUCAAAAGGUGCCGUGUAUAACUAUGACGAGUAUGGUCUACAUAAAGUUAAAGAUAAACAUAGUUGGAAACAAUCUGUAAUUAUACCGUUACUAGACAAUCGCUAUGACGAUGAAUUGAUGGAAUUAUGGGAUGAAUGUUUACAAAACUAUGCAGUUACUAAUGAGUGGGACCCAGACAAAUAUAAUGAAGAAACUCACAAUUGUUACGACUUUGUGAUUGGUUUCCUGAAUAACGUACAGUAUAAUGAGUUGAUUGGAAAAGACCCACCGUACCUGACAAGAAAACAGUUCUGUACAGAAUUCAUCAUUCCACACACCACCAAGGCUGCCCGUUACAUUGAUUUAUACAGAAAAGUACAACAGGAAACAUUUCUAGUCAAAGAAGAGUCUUAUUGUUGA